UCUUGUGCUUCUCAUUUCUCAACGUCAGGAAGCAGCAAUGGAUAGCGACGGCGAAGAGUACGACGCGAUGUGGAGCGCUCGGUGCAGCGUCAGCUCGUCGGCCGGCUCUCUGCAGGACGCCGGCGACCAGUGGGACGAGCAGAGCCUGGCCGCCGGCGAGGACAAGGUGUUCGUGGCCGUCGACGAGGACGUCGAGCACGGCAAGAGCACAUUCCUUUGGGCGCUGCAGAACCUGUCCACGGACGGGGCCAAUAUUGUAGUUGCUCAUGUCCACAGCCCUGCACAAACUCUCAGUAAAGUUCACUGUACCAGAAUGAAGCCUGAAGAGAUCAGCGAGUACCUGAUGUUGGCGAAGGAAGAGGCCGAGAAGAACCUAGAUGAAUAUGCUCUGAUAGCGAAAAGCACAGGAAAAGAUAUGAAGACUGAUUGUCAGAAAGUACUAAUUGACAUGGACGAUGUCGCAAAAGGACUCGAGGAACUUAUUACCCUUCAUGGCAUCACCAGGCUUGUCAUGGGAGCAGCCGCAGACCAACACUACUCAGAGGAAAUGAAAGAACCAAAUUCCAAGAUAGCCCUCAAGCUGAUGGAGACUGCAUCCCCAUCAUGCAAGAUAUGGUUUACCUGCAAUGGCCAUCUGAUAUGCACAAGGGAACCCAAUGAAAACCUUCUUGCAAUAUAUGUGCCGCCUGCACAAAGCAACACGGUACCAUUGUCAAUGUGCAGCAUUUCAAGCCAAAUGAGUUCGAUAGAGCUGAAGAAAGAAGCACCAAGCUCAGAAGAAUAUACUUUAAGAUCAUUGGCUCAAUCGGCAAUGAGUGAUUGGGACUACAUUUUCGGGGAUUGGGGAAGGACAGGGUAUGGUUCAUUAAGGACUGAUGAUGCAAUAAGUAUUCCUGAAGCCACAACUCUAGCUGCGAUUGUUGACGAUACAAACAAACAAAGAUCAGUGAUGCACUCUCCUCAGGAAUCUGACAGUGUCAAUUUCUCAUCACCAGCUUGUGAUCCCCAACAAGAAGAAGAAGAACCAAAUUUAGAUGAAGACAUGCAUGAUAUACUUAAUGAGGCAUGCACUCGAGCUGAACUACUCAAGAAAGAAGUUGAUGGUGAAUCUAGCAAGCGUCGCAAAGCUGAAAUGGAUCUACUUAUAGCUCUUCAGAGAGUUCAAGAGUCAGAAAAAUCAUAUCUACAGGAGGUGAACCAGCGGAAAGAAACUGAGAGGACACUUGCAAGACAGAGGCUGGAGAUCGAUGAAAUGAAAAGGCGACACAAUACAUUAUAUGAUGAACUACAGGAUACAAAGAAACAGAAGCUUCUGCUGGAGCAACAUAUAUCUGAGAUUAAAUCUGCUGCAAAAGAUUAUGUACAAGAGAUUACUGAAUAUUUUAUACAAGAAUCAUGUGAGGAAGCCAAGAAAUUCCAAAAGAUCAAGAUGGAUCUGCUUGCGAUGCUUCAAAGAGUUAAAGAUGUGGAGAAUUUAAACCGAAAUGAAAAGAUGCAGAGGAAAGAUAUGGAGGAAAAGAUUGCAAGACAGAGGAUGGAGAUUGAAGAAACAAAAAGGCAGCGAGAUGAAUUAUACCAUGAGUUAAAAGAUGUAAAGGAACAGAAGCUCUGUCUGGAACGACUUGAUUCAUCUAAAGAAACUAAGAGGAGAAGAAAAGCUGAGAGCGAGAUGCUCUCCGCUCUUAAGAAGGUUCAUGACCUGGAGCAUCAGUAUCUGAAUGAGUUGAAAAGGCGGGAAGCGGUGGAGGAGACAUUUGCACGGCAAAAAGAGGAAAUUCAAGAAACGAAAAGAGAGCUAAACAAGAUACGUAGCAGACAUAUGACAGAGAUCAAAGCUCAUGAAGAAAAGCUUGCAGAAAGCAUCCGCUUUAUCCAAAAGAUUCAAGCAAAGUAUGACAAAACACUACAUGAGAGAGACACUGCCAUAGCAGAAUCUGAAAAAUUGCGCCAAAUGAACAGGGAUGGAGCUUCAAUGAUAGCAACCACCCAGAUCGCCGACUUCUCUUUUUUUGAGCUGCGGCAAGCAACCCAAGACUUUGAUACGGCACUCAAGAUUGGCACAGGCAGAUUUAUGAAUGUGUACAAAGGGUUCAUACGGAACACGGCUAUAACUGUAAUGUUGCUUCAUCCUCAGGGCCUGCAAGGGCAGUUAGAAUUCCAUCAAGAGGUUGUUGUUCUCAGUAGACUGAGGCAUCCUAACGUCAUGAUGCUAAUAGGUGCAUGUCCGGAAGCUUUUGGCAUGGUGUAUGAAUUCCUCCCAAAUGGGAGCCUCGAGGACCAGCUCUCGUGCAAGAAAAACACACCACCACUGACAUGGAAGAUGCGUACCAGGAUCAUUGGGGAGAUAUGUUCAGCCUUGACCUUCAUCCACUCACAGAAGCCUCACCCGGUUGUUCAUGGUAAUCUGAACCCCAUGAACAUUCUUCUUGAUGCCAACUUUGUAAGCAAGUUGCACGUCUGCCAGCUUCUCAGAAAAUACAACACCGGAAAUAACACUUCAGGAACAUCCUCCUACAUUGACCCUGAAUUCUUGUCCACCGGAGAACUCGCCCCACGCUGCGACGUGUACUCCUUCGGCAUUAUCAUCCUACAUCUACUGACAGGAAAAUCACCACAGAACAUCACAACAAUAGUAGAAGAUGCUAUGGAGAAAAGGCAGCUGCAUUCAAUCAUGGACACCUCCGCAGGGAGCUGGCCCUUCGUGCAGGCCAACCAGCUUGCGCAUCUCGGACUGAGAUGCGCCAAUUUGAGUGGAAGGCACCGGCCAGAUCUCACGGGGGAGGUGUGGGGGGUGAUCAAGCCUCUGCUGAAGGAUGCUUCCCAGAAUUUUGGAUGCAAACAAGCAUUUGAAGCUCUAUCAGAUGACACACAAGCACCAUCCUACUUUAUCUGCCCGAUCUUGCAGGAGGUGAUGACUGAUCCUCACAUCGCAGCAGACGGGUACACGUACGAAGCCAAUGCCAUCAGAAACUGGCUCGACGGCGGCAACGCCAGGUCGCCGAUGACGAACCUGAGUCUCGAAAACCGCGAGCUCACGCCGAACAGAGUGCUCCGCUCGGCUAUCCUCGAGUGGCGACAGCACAGGAGAUGACAUCAACCUAUUCCUCGAUGCGGACUCAGCUCAUCUAGAUGCUUCAUCUCACCUGUAAAAUAUAGUGGGGGAUUUCUGGUGUUACCUGAACAUGGCGUGUGCCUGUGCAGAAGUGUGCCUCUAAAAUCUCAAUCACCAUCUAUCGGCGUGCACCUA